AUGGACGCGCCAGACCAUUCCCGCCUACUGAAGCUUCCCCCGAUUAUUCUCGGUGGUGCUGGGUUUAGUUACCAAAUCCAUCCAGAUCCAAAGAGCAUUCCAAUUCCGCAGAUUAUUCGUCGGGCGUUCGACGUGGGAAUGAAAGCAAUUGAUACGUCACCGUACUACGAGCCAUCCGAGCAACUACUAGGUGAAGCACUUGCCAGCCCCGAAGUGACCGGCAAAUACUCCCGCAGCGAUUAUAUCUUGAUGACCAAAGCCGGCAGAAUAUCCGCCGACCAGUUUGAUUACUCCGCGGAGUGUAUUCAAAAGUCGGUCCAAAGGUCAUUAGAUCGACUGGGCACCUCCUACCUGGAUGUUGUUUUUUGCCACGACGUUGAAUUUGUCUCGAUGGAGGAAGCCAUCCAGGCCGUUGGUGCCCUUUUCGAGUUAUCCGAAAAAGGCCAAGUGAGAUGUGUGGGUAUUUCCGGCUAUUCCAUAGACCGUCUGGUGCGCAUUGCACAUACCGUCCAGAAACAAUACAAUCGACCCCUCGACAUUGUACAGAAUUGGGCGCAAAUGACCCUGCAGAACACCCGAUUGGAGCGGUAUGGUAUCCCUGCCUUGCGUGGUGCCGGAGUCUCUACGAUAUGCAGUUCGAGUCCGCUGGCAUCGGGUCUAUUGCGAGCUGGCGACGUGCCCUCCGGCAAGCUUGGGGAUUGGCACCCGGCGCCCGAUGGGCUUCGCAGCGUGGUGAAGCAGUCUUCAAACUGGGUUGAAAAGCAAGGUUCGACUUUGGCUGGCCUUGCACUUCGGUUCUCCCUUGCCAGGGCAAACAGAGCGUCCAAUAAUGGGGUUUCCGUCCACACUAUUCUGGGAAUCUGCUCGCUCAGUGACAUUGAAAGCAAUGUACACGCUGCGCAGACCAUUUUCCAAAGCAAACACGAAUCAGAUGAACCGGACAUUUCUGUCCUGCAGGAUAUUAACGAAGAAAUCGAACGAGUCGAUCAUGGGCUCUGCCACAAAGUCCGCGAAAUUUUGGGGGAAUGGGUGGAAUACGACUUUGAGACGGGCAAGAAGGAGUCGAAAGUGUCCCUGUGGCGGCGUCGCGAGUUCUUCGCAGUUUUGAUACUAUCUCUGCCUAUGCUGGUCUGGUCCAUUGGUUUCAAUCCUGUUGCUUGGUGGAAUAAAUAA